AUGUCGAACGAGCGGCGAAUUAAAUCGCUGAAGACGAGGCAGAAGAGCCUCCUAACCUCGUUCGGGCUUAUCAAGUCGUUCGUCGAUGGCUACCAGGAGGAAACUGGUGCUCACGAGGUUCCCGUCCGGUUGGAACACCUUGUGGCCAUCUGGAACGAUUUCAACGCCAUGCAAGCCGAGCUCGAAACGCUGGAUGAAGCGGCCAUCGAGGCUCACUUAAAGGAACGCAUCGAAUUCGAGACGUCCUACUUCAGGGUGAAGGGAUUCCUGCUCGCCGUCAAUAAAAACGAACCAACGUCGCCACGCACUUCUUCGUCUUCUUCUUUAGCCACGCAAAGCCCUCUGUCGUCGCAUGUAAGGUUGCCCGACAUAAAACUGCCAAUUUUCGCCGGAAAUCUCGACCAAUGGUUGAACUUCCACGACCUCUUCGUUUCGUUGGUCCACUCGUCGCAUGAACUGUCGAACAUCCAGAAAUUUUAUUAUCUUCGCUCGUCGCUCUCUGGGGAUGCUUUGAAGCUCGUGCAAACCAUCGCUAUUAGUGCCAACAAUUACCAGGUCGCCUGGAAUCUGCUAUUGGACCACUACCAGAACCCCGUACGACUAAAGCAGUCAUACGUCGACUCACUGUUCGAAUUUCCUUCCGUCAAAAAAGAGUCCGCUUCGGAGCUUCACUCACUGGUCGAAAAGUUCGAAGCCAACGUGAAAGUCCUUCAUCAGCUCGGGGAGAAAACGGAAUACUGGGACAUUCUGCUGAUCCGCAUGUUGAGCAUCCGUUUAGAUCCCACUACCCGGAGGGAUUGGGAAGAACACGCAUCGACACUCAACGCCGUAUCGUUCCAGAAUCUAACGACGUUCAUUCAACGCCGAGUUUCGGUUCUUCAAACUAUCGGAAAGACCACCGAGACUCCAUCACCGAUCAACUUCUCCAAGAAACCGGUUCAACGAGUGGUUGCCAGUCACGGAGCAAGUCCAACCAACCAACGAAAGUGUGUUGCUUGCUCGGAUCAUCACCCUCUGUACCAAUGUAUGGUUUUUUCAAAAUUGAGCGCUGAGGAGAAGGAUAGAGAAGUUCGUCGUCACCAAUUGUGCCGUAACUGUCUGCGUAAGGGACAUAUGGCCAAGGAAUGUCCGUCUUCGAGCACUUGUCGCAAAUGUAGAGGUCACCAUCACACUCAGCUUUGCCAAGGUUCCGCUGCAACUAGCUUGAAAGUUGCUGACAUGCCUCACCCGAAGGAGAAUUCAACCCAACAAUCAAUCGAACAACCAUCCGCUUCGGUAUCAGCAACCCUCAACGAGCAGGUCAGUUACGCUUCCGCUGGACACGGACACAAAAGAGUUCUGCUCGCCACAGCUGUAGUCGUCGUAGUCGACGAUAAUGGGACGGAACAUGCUGCUAGAGCGCUGCUAGACUCAGGCAGUGAAUGUUGCUUCGCCACAGAAACGUUUUCGCAACUUGUCAAGGUCCAGCGUAAGCGAAUCCACCUUCCUAUCGCCGGAAUAGGACAAUCUUCCACGAAAUCACGCUUCAAGUUCCUCUCGAAAAUCCGCUCUCGUGUUUGCGACUAUAACACCACUGUUGAAUUUCUCGUGCUGCCGAAAGUCGCAAUCGAUUUGCCCUCAGCUGCUGUCGACACAUCGUCUUGGGAGAUUCCACCUGGCAUUCAACUAGCAGAUCCUGCUUUUUGCCGAACCAGCCCAAUUGAUCUUAUUCUAGGUGCGGAAGUCUUCUUUGAAUUGUUCAAAGUCUCGGGUAGAAUCCAACUUGGUCCUGGUCUGCCAACGCUCAUCAAUUCCGUCUUCGGCUGGGUCGUCUCCGGGAAAACCACCCAGUGUCCAUCAAUCACUCCGAUCGUUGCCAACAUCGCUACUGUUGCCGAUUUGAACAAUCUCAUGGAGAAAUUCUGGUCGCUUGAAGAGGACAGCUCACGAACUUGUUACUCGGUGGAGGAAACUGCAUGUGAAGAGUACUUUCGUCGAACGGUCUCUCGAACUCCCGAAGGUCGUUACAUCGUUUCUUUGCCUCUGAAGGAAGACAUUCUCGCUAACCUCGGCGACAAUCGUCGUACUGCUAUUCGUCGCUUUCGUCUCCUGCAAGGUCAGCUCACUCGAAACGAUGAACUCUGCCAACAGUACCGAGAUUUCAUGGACGAGUACGAACAGCUAGGUCACAUGGAACUUGUGCAGGAUUACCAGCAACCACAACAUCCUUCUUACCAUCUUCCCCAUCAUGCCGUCAUACGAGAGGACAGCACCACUACGAAAGUACGCGUGGUCUUCGACGCGUCUUGCCGUACACCGAAUGGACCAUCCUUGAACGACGCACUCAUGGUCGGACCUAUCGUGCAGGAAGACCUGCGAUCAAUUACAAUGCGAUCCAGAAUCCACCCGGUCUUGCUCAACGCCGAUGUCAAGCAAAUGUAUCGGCAGAUUCUGACGGACCAACGUAGCAACAACCUGCAGCAUAUCGUGUGGAGUCCGUCACCAGAAGCCCCUCUACAAACAUACGAGCUGAAAACCGUUACUUACGGUACCGCUAGCGCUCCGUUUCUUGCUACACGAGUGCUGCAGCAACUGGCUGAUGACGAGCAGAACGAUUUCCCCGAAGCUGCCAACGUUCUUCGUAAGGACUUUUACGUCGACGACUUGUUUUCCGGAGCGAACACGAUAGAAGAAGCAAUCACUCUACGAAAGCAACUAGAAUCUCUUCUCAAAAGAGGAGGAUUUGAACUACGGAAAUGGGCUUCAAAUGAACCAGCGGUAGUAGAAGACGUCCCGACCGAGAACAGGGCUCUCAAGUCAUCGGUCGACCUCGACAGGGAUCAGUGCAUAAAAACCCUUGGGCUCCACUGGGAGCCAGCCACCGACGUUCUUCGCUACAAAACUCAACUUUCUUCAACCUCAUCUAACGAAGCUUUGACAAAACGGAUCGCACUUUCGUACAUAGCACGAUUGUUCGACCCACUUGGACUUGUUGGACCCGUCGUAACAACAGCAAAAAUCUUUAUGCAAGCGAUUUGGACACUCGUGGACGACGAGGGAAAGACAUGGAGCUGGGAUAAGGAACUUCCACCCACAUUCAAGACCCGUUGGGAAUCGUACCAGUCUCAACUUCCCUCCCUCAACGAGCUUCGGAUACCACGUUGCGUUCUCUUUCCGUCAUCAACAUCAUUGCAAAUCCACGUCUUCACCGACGCCUCCAAUCACGCAUACGGUGCGUGUGUCUACCUUAGAUCAACAAACUCCAAUGGCUGCGUCAAGGUAGCGCUCCUGACCUCCAAAUCUAAAGUCGCACCCCUCAAGAAACAAAGCAUUCCGCGACUUGAGCUGUGCGGUGCCCUUGCUGGCGCUCAACUCUACGAGAAGGUUAAGGCUUCGCUUCAAUUAACGGUCGAUACAUUUUUCUGGGUCGAUUCCACUGUAGUACUCUGCUGGCUGAAAUCCUCUCCCUCUACAUGGACAACAUUCGUGGCGAACCGAGUAUCUAAGAUCCAGCUUGCUACCAAAAACUGCUCGUGGAAUCACGUCGCCGGAAUACAGAAUCCAGCUGAUCUCAUCUCUAGAGGAACAACAGCGGAUAAUCUCACCGAAAGCAAUCUUUGGUGGAACGGUCCCGAAUGGCUACAGCGUGAACCUUCCGAAUGGCCAAUAGCUCAAUCCAACUCUAAUCAACCCGAAGAAGCCCUUCGAGAAACCAAGAAGCUACUCGUCAUGGCAGUUCCAGCUGCCGAAGAACCGUCAUUCAUUGAUGAGCAUGUCGGAAAGUUCUCCAACUACGCACGCAUGUUACGGAUCACAGCUGUGUACCUAUGCAAGAUUCUAAGUAGCUACUUCCAGAACCGGGUGCUGGUCUACGAUACAGACACGGGGCAGAAAUCGCUUAGGAUCAUGGCGGGAGUUCCACAAGGCUCCAUUCUAGGUCCCACGCUGUGGAACGGAAUGUACAAUGGUGUGCUGACGCUCAAACUGCCCAAAAGAGUUGAGAUCGUUGGCUUUACGGACGAUGUUGUCUUGACGGUACCAGUUGAGACCCUGGAAGAAGUGGAAAUGCUUUCGGCCGAGGCGAUAGAUACGAUUGGUAACUGGAUGCAAGGAGCGAAGCUGCAGAUAGCCCACCACAAAACAGAAGUGAUAACCGUUCAACAGUAA